CUCGCCCGCACGUGGUUCGAGCAUGUCAGCAUGCUGGUCAUCCUGCUCAACUGCGUGACCCUGGGCAUGUUCCGGCCCUGUGAGGACCUGGACUGCCGCUCCGAGCGCUGCCGCAUCCUGGAGGCCUUCGACGACUUCAUCUUUGCCUUCUUCGCGGUGGAGAUGGCCAUCAAGAUGGUCGCCCUGGGACUGUUCGGCCAGAAGUGCUACCUGGGUGACACUUGGAACCGGCUGGACUUCUUCAUUGUCAUGGCAGGCAUGAUGGAGUACUCCCUGGACGGACACAACGUGAGCCUCUCGGCCAUCCGCACCGUGCGCGUGCUGAGGCCGCUGCGCGCCAUCAACCGUGUGCCCAGCAUGCGGAUCCUGGUCACGCUGCUGCUGGACACGCUGCCCAUGCUCGGCAACGUGCUGUUGCUCUGCUUCUUCGUCUUCUUCAUUUUUGGCAUUGUGGGUGUCCAGCUCUGGGCUGGCCUGCUCCGUAACCGGUGCUUCCUGGACAGCGCCUUCGUGAGAAACAACAACCUGAGCUUCCUGCGGCCCUACUACCAGACGGAGGAGGGCGAGGAGCACCCCUUCAUCUGCUCCUCACGCCGUGAUAACGGCAUGCAGAAGUGCUCACACAUCCCCGGCCGCCGCGAGCUGCGUGUGCCCUGCACGCUGGGCUGGGAGGCGUACGGUCAGCCUCAGGCCGAGGCCACAGGCGGCGGCCACGGCGCCUGCAUCAACUGGAACCAGUACUACAAUGUGUGCCGCUCUGGUGACACAAACCCGCACAACGGGGCCAUCAACUUCGACAACAUCGGCUACGCCUGGAUCGCCAUCUUCCAGGUUAUCACACUGGAGGGCUGGGUGGACAUCAUGUACUACGUAAUGGAUGCCCACUCAUUCUACAACUUCAUCUACUUCAUCCUGCUCAUCAUUGUGGGCUCCUUCUUCAUGAUCAACCUGUGCCUGGUGGUCAUCGCCACUCAGUUCUCCGAGACGAAGCAGCGGGAGAACCAGCUGAUGCGGGAACAGCGGGCCCGCUACUUGUCCAACGACAGCACGCUGGCCAGCUUCUCGGAGCCAGGCAGCUGCUACGAGGAGCUGCUCAGGUACCUGGGCCACGUGUGCCGCAAGGUCCGGCGCCGUGGCCUGCGCCUCUACGCCCGCUGGCAGAGCCGCUGGCACACGCAGACAGAGCCCAGCAGUGCCCCGGCCGGCCAGGGCCCACGCCGGGCAGGCCGGCGGGCGGCCUCUGUGCACCACUUGGUCUACCACCACCACCACCACCACCACCAUCACUAUCACUUCAGUCAUGGCAGCCCUCGCCGGCCGGGCCCUGAGACGGGCACUGCUGACUCUAGGCUGGUGCGGGCCGGCUCCCCACCCUCGCCGGGCCGCGGGCCCCCAGACGCCGAGUCCGUGCACAGCAUCUACCAUGCCGACUGCCACGUGGAAGGGCCGCAAGACAGGGCCCGAGUGGCCCAUGCUGCAGCUGCGGCCGCUGCUGGCCUCAAGCUGGCCUCAGGGUUGCGGGCCAUGAACUACCCCACAAUCCUGCCCUCUGGGCUUGGCGGCAGCAAGGGCAGCAGCAGCCCCCGGCCCUCGGGAAAGCAAGCACACAGCCCCCUGAGCCUGGGCAGUCCUGGCCCCUACGAGCGAAUCCAGCACGUGAUGGGCGAACACGGACUGGGCAGGGCCCCUGGCCGCCUGUCAGGCCUGAGUGUGCCCUGCCCGCUGCCUGGUCCCCAAGCGGGCACGCUGACCUGUGAGCUGAAGGACUGCCCACACUGCGCCCGUGCCCGGGAAGACGCUGGCUCUGAGAGUGGCGACUCAGACAUCCAUGGGGUCUAUGAGUUCACGCAGGACCUGCGACACGGUGACCAUCGGGAUCCCAUGCAGCCACCUGCUGCCGCUGAGGCCACUCCGCUGAAGGCAGCCCUGGGGGCACCACUCGGUGGGCUGGGCCGGCUGUGGGCUGCUCUCAGCGGGAAACUGCGACGCAUUGUGGACAGCAAGUACUUCAGCCGCGGCGUCAUGGUGGCCAUCCUGGUGAACACGCUGAGCAUGGGCGUGGAGUACCAUGAGCAGCCCGAGGAGCUGACCAACGCCUUGGAGAUCAGCAACGUGGUGUUUACCAGCGUGUUCGCCCUGGAGAUGCUGCUUAAGCUGCUGGCCUGUGGCCCGCUGGGCUACGUCCGCAGCCCCUACAACAUCUUCGACGGAGUCAUCGUGGUCAUCAGCGUGUGGGAGAUCGUGGGGCAGGCGGACGGCGGGCUGUCGGUGCUGCGGACCUUCCGGCUGCUGCGAGUGUUGAAGCUGGUGCGUUUCCUGCCGGCGCUGCGGCGGCAGCUCGUGGUGCUCAUGAAGACCAUGGACAACGUGGCCACCUUCUGCAUGCUGCUCAUGCUCUUCAUCUUCAUCUUCAGCAUCCUGGGAAUGCACUUGUUCGGAUGUAAGUUCAGCCUCAAAACGGACAGUGGUGACACGGUCCCUGACAGGAAGAACUUCGACUCCCUGCUGUGGGCCAUCGUCACUGUGUUCCAGAUCCUCACCCAGGAGGACUGGAACGUCGUCCUCUACAACGGCAUGGCCUCCACCUCCUCCUGGGCCGCCCUCUACUUCGUGACCCUCAUGACCUUCGGCAACUACGUGCUCUUCAACCUGCUGGUGGCCAUCCUGGUGGAGGGCUUCCAGGCGGAGGGUGAUGCCAACAGGUCGGACACGGACGAGGACAAGACCUCCACCCGCUUUGAAGAGGAUUUCAACAAGUUCAGAGACCUUCAGACCACAGAGAUGAAGCUAUGCUCGCUGGCUGUGACCCCAAACGGACACCUGGAGGGCCGCAGUGGCCUGCUGCCCCCACUGAUCCUGCGCACAGCAGCCACACCCUCCCCCAAGGGCUCCCCACAGCUGGACACCACCCGUGACCUCCCUGAUUCUCGGCGCGGCAGCAGCUGCUCUGUGGAUCCCCAGCUGGGCGACCAGCGGUCUCUGACCAGCCUCCGCGGCUCGCCCUGCACCCACUGGGGCCCCAGCAGCGCUUGGAGCAGCCGGCGGUCAAGCCGGAGCAGCCUCAAGCGGCGUGGCCAGCGCGGGGAGCGGGAGUCGCUGCUGUCCGGCGAGGGCAAGGGCAGCACCGACGACGAGGAGGCCGAGGCCGGCCGGCCUGGGGGUGCGGGGACCAUGCCGGGCCCUCACAGCCCCACUCUGCGCCGCACCGAGUCCCUGGACCCGCGGAGCCCGCGCCCCCCACCCAACCUCCUGCCCGCCAAGCUCCGUGACUGCAACGGACAGACACUGGCCCUGCCCAGCGAGAUCUUCCUGCGCAUCGAUAGCCACAGGGAGGACCCGGCUGAGCUGGACGAGGAUGUGGAGGACAGCUGCUGCUUCCGGCUGCGCAAGGUGCUGGAGCCCUACCGGCCCCAGUGGUGUCGCAGCCGCGAGUCCUGGGCUCUCUACCUCUUCUCCCCGCAGAACCGGCUCCGUGUCUGCUGCCAGAGGAUCGUGGCGCACAGGCUGUUUGACCACGUGGUGCUGGCUUUCAUCUUCCUCAACUGCAUCACCAUUGCCCUGGAGAGGCCGGACAUCGACCCAGGCAGCACUGAGCGUGUCUUCCUCAGCGUCUCCAAUUACGUCUUCACAGCCAUCUUCCUGGCUGAAAUGAUGGUGAAGGUGGUGGCGCGGGGCCUGCUGGCCGGCGAGCACGCCUACCUGCAGAGCAGCUGGAACCUGCUGGACGGGCUGCUGGUCCUGGUAUCGCUCGUCGACAUUAUCGUGGCCAUGGCCUCAGCCAGCGGUGCCAAGAUCCUGGGCAUCUUGCGUGUGCUGCGCCUGCUGCGGACCCUGCGGCCACUGAGGGUCAUCAGCCGGGCCCCAGGUCUCAAGCUGGUGGUGGAGACGCUCAUCUCCUCCCUGAGGCCCAUCGGGAACAUCGUGCUCAUCUGCUGCGCCUUCUUCAUCAUCUUCGGCAUCCUUGGGGUGCAGCUCUUCAAGGGCAAGUUCUACUACUGUGACGGUGCUGACACAAGGAAUAUCUCCACCAAGGCCGAGUGCCGGGCUGCCCACUACCGCUGGGUGCGGCGCAAGUACAACUUCGACAACCUGGGUCAGGCGCUGAUGUCGUUGUUUGUGCUGUCGUCCAAAGACGGCUGGGUGAACAUCAUGUAUGACGGACUGGAUGCUGUGGGAGUGGACCAGCAGCCCGUGCAGAACCACAACCCCUGGAUGCUGCUGUACUUCAUCUCCUUCCUGCUCAUCGUCAGCUUCUUCGUGCUCAACAUGUUCGUGGGCGUGGUGGUGGAGAACUUCCACAAGUGCCGGCAGCACCAGGAGGCCGAGGAGGCGCGCCGGCGCGAGGAGAAGCGGCGGCGACACCUGGAGAAGCAGCGCAGGAAGGCCCAGCGCCGGCCCUACUAUGCCGACUACUCGCACACCCGGCGCUCCGUGCAUGCACUGUGCACCAGCCACUACCUGGACCUCUUCAUCACCUUCAUCAUCGGCGUCAAUGUCAUCACCAUGUCCAUGGAGCACUACAACCAGCCCAAGUCACUGGACGAGGCCCUCAAGUACUGCAACUACGUCUUCACCAUCGUCUUCGUCUUCGAGGCUGUGCUGAAGUUGGUGGCUUUUGGGUUCCGGAGGUUCUUCAAGGACAGGUGGAACCAGCUAGACCUGGCAAUCGUGCUGCUGUCCAUCAUGGGCAUCGCGCUGGAGGAGAUUGAGACAAGUGCUGCCCUGCCCAUCAAUCCCACCAUCAUCCGCAUCAUGCGUGUCCUGCGCAUUGCCCGCGUGCUGAAGCUUCUGAAGAUGGCCACGGGCAUGCGGGCCCUGCUGGACACAGUGGUGCAAGCCCUGCCCCAGGUGGGCAACCUGGGCCUCCUCUUCAUGCUCCUGUUCUUCAUCUACGCGGCUCUGGGCGUGGAGCUGUUUGGGAGGCUAGAGUGCAGCGAGGACAAUCCAUGUGAGGGCCUGAGCAGGCACGCCACUUUCACCAACUUCGGCAUGGCCUUCCUUACGUUGUUUCGCGUAUCCACGGGCGACAACUGGAAUGGGAUCAUGAAGGACACGCUGCGUGAGUGCGCACGGGAGGACAGGCACUGCCUCAGCUACCUGCCUGCACUCUCUCCUGUCUACUUUGUGACCUUUGUGCUGGUGGCCCAAUUUGUCCUGGUUAACGUGGUGGUGGCCGUGCUCAUGAAGCACCUGGAGGAGAGCAACCGUGAGGCUCAUGAGGAUGGUGAUGUGGACGACACCGAGCCUGACACGCCACCAGCGCCCACUGUGCAGGGAAGUGCAGGGCCCGGGCCGGACACCUCCAAUGUGCUAGUGGCACGCAAGGUGUGCGUGUCUCGGAUGCUGUCGCUGCCCAACGACAGCUACAUGUUCCGGCCUGUGACUCCUGUCUCAGUCCCACAGCAGCGCCUCCAGGAAGUGGAGAUGGCCGCCUACACAGGUGGCGCCUCGCCAGGUCCCGCUGCAACCUCGCUGUCACUGCCCUCGGAGCCCUGUGUCCCCCUCUGUGCCCCGACCCCGCGGCCCGUGCUCUGCACUCCCAGCCCAGGCCCGCCACUCUACACACAGGAGGCCGUGCCCAUGGAGCCCUUGGAGGGGCAGGCCGAGGACCCUGGAGACAGCACCCCAGACCCUGGGGAACCUGUGAAGACGUCUGCCCAGCAAGCAUGCCUGCGGUCCCCACCCUGCUCCCCACGGCCAGCCGGCAUCCGUCCCCGCAAGCAGGUUUCAGGACAGUGCAUCUGCAGCUGCCCGCCAGGCCCCAGCACCGAGGAGGCUGAGACCUCAGACCUGGCUGACCAGGAGGUCAGCAACAUCACCAGCUCUGCCCGGCCCUGGGUCGCAGCCUCCCCGGUGGCCCCUAGGGCAGCGCCCGGCGGGCAGGCCCUGCGCAGAUUCCACAGCCUCGGUGCCCCGGGCCUCCUGGACAAGCCCAGCCAGGCGGAAGGGCAGCGGUGGCCAUCGGCAGAGCUGGGUAGCAACACUGGCCGCCCGGAGCCGGGGGAGGGCCGGGCCUGGGUCCCAGAGGCAGAGCCGGGCCUGGGGGCUCGCCGGAAGAAGAAGAUGAGCCCUCCCUGCAUCUCUAUAGACCCCCCGGCCGAAGAGGAGGGUGCUGCCCGGCCCCCGGCCACAGAGGUUGGCAGUGGCAGUGGCCUACGGCGCAGGACCCCGUCCUGUGAGGCUGCCCCCCACAGGGACUGCCUGGAGCCCACCACCACAACCAGUGAGGGCCCAGGCACGGGCGUGGACCCCACGGCCAAGGGGGAGCGGCGGGGCCGGCCCGAGCACCUGACUGUCCCCAGCUUUGCCUUUGAGUCGCUGGACACAGCAGCAGAUAGUGGUUGUAGCGAGAUGCCAGGGGCCACGGUGCCUCCAGAGCCCCAUGGGACAGACCCACCUGGGGUGCCUGGUGACCCCCCUGAGCCGGCCUGGGGGCUGCACCUUGUGGUGCCCCCAACUGACGGUGCAGGCAAGCCCACGUAGCCAGGGUAGGGGAUACGCAGGACCUUGACUCAGGGUCCAGGCGCCCAGGGGGGCAGAGGCCCCGCCACGGGCAGAGGGCCCAGCCAGAAGUCAGUUCAGGGAGGGGCAGGCGCUUGUUGUGGGCACAGUGGAGCUGGGGGCCCAGGCCGGGCCAGCAGCCUCUGUGAGCAACUACCGAGACCCCCCAACACACAGGGAGGAGGGCCCAGGGCUGCUUCUAUUCAUUCUUGGGGGAGCACAGGCUGGGACCCCUGAACCCAGUCCCGGAGACCACCUCACACUCACUGCUGAAACCCUGCCACACCCCUGCACCCUCAUGCCACCACACCUGCCUCAUGGAAGUGGUGAGACCCUGCAAUAAGAUGGGGCACGUCUCGGGCCCCCUUCCUGUGUUCCUUGGAUUCAGGUUAAACUCGCAAUAAUCCGACACGGCCAGGAGGGAGGGCGCAGCAGAAUAAACAGUAACUUAUUUAAGA